AUUGUAGAGGAAGAAAAGUAGACCAUGGGCCUAUAAAACAGUAGAGGUGUCACUAACAAUUACUAGCAAAAACACAUCAUUGUUUUUUUUUUUUUUUUGGAAAGGCAACGAAAAUGCAGAGAACCAAUUCAAUAGUUCAGCCCCCAACUAAUGGGAAACUGAUCACAGUCCUUAGUAUUGAUGGUGGUGGAAUAAGAGGUCUAAUCCCAGCUACCAUCCUCGAAUUUCUUGAAGCUGAACUACAGAAACUAGAUGGUGAAGAUGCAAGAAUUGCGGACUAUUUUGAUAUAAUUGCUGGGACGAGUACUGGUGGUCUAGUCACUGCGAUGUUAACAGCUCCAGAUGAGAAUAGGCGCCCUUUGUUCGCAGCUAAAGACAUCAAAGAAUUCUACCUCCAGAUGUGCCCAAAUAUCUUCCCUCAAGAUUGGCGCUCUACGUUUAAAAAGGCAUUCAAGAGCAUAGGGGGGCCAUUGUAUGAUGGAAAAUGCCUCCAUAACAUCAUAGAGAAGCACCUGAAAGAAACCAAAAUAGGAGAUACAUUAACUAAUGUAGUUAUUCCUACCUUUGACAUCAAAAGACUCCAGCCCAUCAUCUUUUCCAGCUAUGAGGCUAUGGAAAAACCACACAUGAACGCCAAGUUGUCCGAUAUUUGUAUGGCAACCUCAGCGGCGCCAACUUAUCUUCCUCCUCAUCAUUUUGUGACCGAACACAAUGGAGAGAUGCAUGAGUUUAACCUUAUUGAUGGUGGUGUGGCAGCAAAUAAUCCGACUCAGAUUGCAAUGGGUGUAAUUGCCAAAGAACUCAAUCGCAAAAAUCCGGAUUUUCCCAUUCUUCAGCCAGCCGAGUAUGGUCGAUAUUUGGUCAUAUCUUUAGGGACAGGCGACUGCAACAUGGGAGGGGGGUAUACAGCAGAGGAGGCUUCAAAAUGGGGCUUGUUUGGAUGGUGGUUCAAUGCCAAUGGCUCGAAACCCUUGGUUGAUAUAUUCACUCAGGCUAGCACUGACAUGGUCGAUAUCCAUCUUUCUGCUGUUUUCCAUAACCAUCACGUCCGAAACAAUUACCUACGCAUCCAGGAGGAUUGCUUGGAUAUGACAUUGUCUCCACUAGACAAAGCUACCAAGGAAAAUAUGAAUAGUUUGAUUGAAGUUGGUAAUAGGUUACUUACAAAGACAGUUUCAAAGGUUAACUUGGAAGAUGGAAAAUUAAUCCCCUGCAGGAAUGUAACUAACAAAGAGGCUCUCAUAGAAUUUGCCAAAAUACUUUCCCAUGAGAAGCGUCUUCGUGACCUUAAUUCGCAGCAACGAGUGUCAAAUGUGGAUCCACCCUUCUGCAUGGAGAAAAAGCACUAUUAUGAAGCACCCGAAACAAUAAGCAUUGCAUAAAGGAAAGGAUGUACUGGUGGUGAAGGCUAGGAUUGUCAUAUGAUCACAGAUUGUUGUCAACAAAUAUAAAUACGUGUGUAUUUUUUUUCUUUUUUGCAACUUCUUUUUAGCUUUCCAGUUACAUAUUGCACCAUUUGUAAAACGUUGUGUUAAUGGUUGUCUUUAUGCUUUCUAAUCUUGAAAUUUCUUUUAGCUUCA